CGCCGAUAGCUACUGGAGGUCGGCUUUAUCGUGACUCCCCUUUCUCAUACGUUCAGUAAAUUUGAAACAAGGAUGUUUUCAGAGGAGAAUUUGAGAGAAUUUGUCACGGAGAGACUAACGGCUGCUGCUGAAGACAUUUUUGUAGUUUUUAAAAGAGCUGUCGUCGAGUACGAGGAGGAGCUCGAGCGUCAACGUAAACUGCUGGAUAGCGUCUUGAAACCUCAAGUGAACUUAUACAGGAUAGAUGUGCCACAGCAAGUUUUAUGUAAAGAAGAGGAGGUUCUGUCUGACCAUGAGCUCUGUAACCAGGAGAGGAACUCCAGUCCAGACCAAGAGGAGGAAGAGCCUCCACAGAUUAAAGAGGAACCAGAGGAACCCUGCAGCAUUCAGGAGGGAGAGCAGCUUGAACUGAAGGAAGAGACUGACAUGUUCAUGUUGACUCAUGAGGAAAGUGACAACAGUGAACCUGAACUACAGCAUGAGCCCCGGUUCCUCACUCAUAACCCUUAUGUUGGUGAGAAUCACGAUCCCGCAGGAAGCAAUCACAGAGACUCAGAAUCAACUAGAAACUCAGAACCAAUCACUGACGUGUCCGAGAAUCAAUGUGAUCCUCUUCAAGAUCUAAAGUUUUUCAAAUGUGACACUUGUAGUGAAAGUUUUAAGUACAAGACAGAAUUACAGACACAUCAGCGUGUCCACAGUGGCAAAAAAACACAUUCUUGCCCGAUUUGUGGGAAAGUAUUCAGUUGGAAGUCAUCAAUGAGGGUACAUGUCAGAUGCCACACAGGCGAGAGGCCAUAUUCUUGCACAACCUGUGGAAAAGGAUUCUUUCAGAUUUCAAACUUGAAAAAUCACAACAGAAUCCAUACAGGUGAAACUCCUUUUAUUUGUGCAACAUGCGGCAAAUCAUUCAGACAAAAACAGUGCCUGAAGAAUCACAUGGGAACCCACACAGGUGAGAAGCCUUACUCUUGUAGUACCUGUGGGAAAAGCUUCUCUCAUUUAAGAGUUUUAUAUUCUCACAAUAAAAGUCAUACAGACGAAAGGCCGUUUAGUUGUAGAGUUUGUGGGCAAAGAUUCAGAGGCAGUCAUGACUUGAAAGUCCACAUGAGAUCACACACAGGUAAGAGGCCUUACUCAUGCAGCACCUGUGGUAAAAGCUUCCUACGGCAAACUCAUUUGAAUCAACAUAGUAAAACUCAUACUGAUGAAAAGCCGUUUACUUGCAGAACAUGUGGCAAGUCUUUCAGAAAUCGUAAAGACGUCAGAAAACACGAGGAGCGGAUCCACUUAGGUGAGAGGCCGCACUUGUGCAGCACCUGUGGAAAACGAUUCUAUGAGAAAUAUGAUUUGGCAAAACACAUGCAAACACAUACAGGUACAAAGCCAUACUCCUGUGGUAUCUGUGGGGCAUCUUUUGGCAGAAAAAGUCAUCUGGAUAGGCACUCAAGAUUGACAAAAUGUUCUCUAGAAAAAGAGGUGGCAGGUACUUCGAUACCUGACUGUCAGGACAGUUCACUGGAGAUAAGCUGACAUGGACAAGAAGCGUUAAUGUUGCUAGAUCGACAAGAAAGCUCUCUGUUUGUUUAGUGUGCAAAAGGCACCAAAUCACAGACAAUUGUGUACAAAUGUUCAUGCAGUAGGAAUGGUUCUUGAUUUGAAAUAUGUAAGUCACGAAUUGUUAAAAAAAUGAUUGAUUAUACAUGACUAAUCACAUUUCAAAAAUGUCUUUUUUUGUACUGUUUUCCGCAGUACCUUGUUGUAAUGUGGUUCUUCUGCCUGAGGGUGGCUGUAGCACAUCUCAGUACUGUUUUUUCAUGAAACUGUUUGUUGUG